GACAGCCUCAGUCACUGAGGAACCCAGCCAAUGAAGACAGGGUGAGAGACAGCCUGCAGUCACUGACCCAGCCACUGAAGAGGGGGAGAGACAGCCUGCAGUCACUGAGGAACCCAGCCACUGAAGAGGGGGAGAAACAGCCUGCAGUCACUGAGGAACCCAGCCACUGAAGAGGGGGAGAGACAGCCUGCAGUCACUGAGGGACCCAGCCACUGAAGACAGGAGAAGAGACAGCCUGCAGCCACUGAGGAACCCAGCCACUGAAGACAGGAGGAGAGACAGCCUGCAGUCACUGAGGAACCCAGCCACUGAAGAGGGGGAGAGACAGCAAGGACGUCUCGCUGCUUGCUUAGCAAAGUCAACUUCCUCGUGGUUCAGCUCACACCGAGGCUCAAACCCAGGACCCCUGCUAGCACACGUGACAGCCAUCUUACCACUUGCACCAUGAGGAAAGCUAGCUGCUCGCUGGCGCUAGUGGGGACACUUCAGGCUGAGGGUGAGCUCUGAGAAAAACAGAACAUUCUCAACAUUCCAAACGUUGUACAGUGUGGAUGUAGCUGGCCGCCCUUGAGUUGAGGUCACUGCCGUGACCCUGGGACUCAUUCACAACUAUCACCACCUUCAUCUUCAUCACAAGUAUCAUGAUCAUUUCCUGGACAGGACACCCUGAACUAUAAACACAUGACUCGACUGAACACAUCCUACUAACCGUAAUGGGUGUGGAACUAUAAACAAUAACAGGUUGUUGUCUCAAUGUCCUCAAUAACCUUCACUGACCAGUUCUUUGAUUUGGAAUAUGACAUUAUAAUAACGGGGAAAAGAGACUACUAGGUGACAAAAAAACUGCAUCAUGUUGUUCCGUUGGGCCAGGAAGACACCCAACCAGCUGCAUCAUGUUGUUCCGUUGGGCCAGGAAGACACCCAACCAGCUGCAUCAUGUUGUUCCGUUGGGCCAGGAAGACACCCAACCAGCUGCAUCAUGUUGUUCUGUUGGGCCAGGAAGACACCCAACCAGCUGCAUCAUGUUGUUCUGUUGGGCCAGGAAGACACCCAACCAGCUGCAUCAUGUUGUUCUGUUGGGCCAGGAAGACACCCAACCAGCUGCAUCAUGUUGUUCCGUUGGGCCAGGAAGACACCCAACCAUCUGCAUCAUGUUGUUCUGUUGGGCCAGGAAGACACCCAACCAGCUGCAUCAUGUUGUUCUGUUGGGCCAGGAAGACACCCAACCAGCUGCAUCAUGUUGUUCUGUUGGGCCAGGAAGACACCCAACCAGCUGCAUCAUGUUGUUCUGUUGGGCCAGGAAGACACCCAACCAGCUGCAUCAUGUUGUUCUGUUGGGCCAGGAAGACACCCAACCAGCUGCAUCAUGUUGUUCUGUUGGACCAGGAAGACACCCAACCAGCUGCAUCAUGUUGUUCUGUUGGGCCAGGAAGACACCCAACCAGCUGCAUCAUGUUGUUCUGUUGGGCCAGGAAGACACCCAACCAGCUGCAUCAUGUUGUUCUGUUGGGCCAGGAAGACACCCAACCAGCUGCAUCAUGUUGUUCAGCUGGGCCAGGAAGACACCCAACCAGCUGCAUCAUGUUGUUCUGUUGGGCCAGGAAGACACCCAACCAGCUGCAUCAUGCUGUUCUGUUGGGCCAGGAAGACACCCAACCAGCUGCAUCAUGUUGUUCUGUUGGGCCAGGAAGACACCCAACCAGCUGCAUCAUGUUGUUCUGUUGGGCCAGGAAGACACCCAACCAGCUGCAUCAUGUUGUUCUGUUGGGCCAGGAAGACACCCAACCAGCUGCAUCAUGUUGUUCCGUUGGGCCAGGAAGACCCCCAACCAGCUGCAUCAUGUUGUUCUGUUGGACCAGGAAGACACCCAACCAGCUGCAUCAUGUUGUUCUGUUGGGCCAGGAAGACACCCAACCAGCUGCAUCAUGUUGUUCCGUUGGGCCAGGAAGACACCCAACCAGCUGCAUCAUGUUGUCCUGAUGGACCAGGAAAAUGAAACCGUCAUAUGCUGGCCUUUCUCUCUUCAGCCUGUGAUAUAGAUAUGAAUGAGAUCUGUGGGGGGUGAGGCUUUAUAUGCUAUCACUAUGUCCUUGUCGCCCCCCCCCCCCUUAUCCGUGGCAGCAGCAGUAGUUUGAUUCAUGGUUCGUGGUAUCUGUUCUCCAGGAACAACCAAGCCCAGCUGUUCCAACAGUCACUGUGGAGCAGGGGGCUAAAUGUAAUUAGCCAAUGGAUGGGAGAGUGGGAAAAGGGGGUUUGGCUGUGUGUUUGUUUGUGUGUUUGUGUUUGUGUUUGUGUGUGUGAUGCUCCAAUAUGGCAGUGUGAUAUCUCACCAUGUACAAACCCCCUGGUCGAAUGUCAUCCUCUCAGAAUAAUGCAAUUAAAGUGGGUGGAGGACAGCCCCACACACACACGCACGCACGUCACACACACACACACGUGUGUGUGAUACAUGUGUGUGUGGAUACAUGUGGCCGUCCUCUGACUUGGGACCCUAGGGAGAUAGCUUUUGAUUAGAAAGUGAAAGAGAGACGGAAAGAGAGAGAGCACCCAGUCCUCACUACCCAUCCAGCAUCACAUACAUACUCAUCCCAUCAGCCUGGUCAGUGAUAGGCUCAGAGAAUAGCAUGUCAAGGUAAUCCAUACCACCAUUAAAGGACCUCCGUUAGGUCUGACUCCUACCUUUAUUACAACCCAGCCUGACCCAAAGUUAUUACUCUCUGUUCACAUCCCCUAUGUUAUUACCUCCACCUCCCAGCCUCCAGUCUCACAGAUCAGGAAGGGAGGUUUUCAUCUAAAAGAUUGAGAAAGGGCUGAAAACCCUGUUCUUUUCUUUAAUCACACAAGGCCUAGCGCACCAUGUGCUUCAUCAGCCGCUCUGAUACCUUUCCAUUUCUAACCAGAGGAAAUAGCUUGUGAAGGAGGCAGGCAGCCAAUCAGGCAGUCCUACUGUGGGAGUUUAAUGAGAUCAUCGCCAUGGUCAGAUAUGAAUUAAAAUGGACUCAUUAAGCGUUACGUCCCUGAGACAGCGGCCUGAUGAUAAUAUUCACUAGAGUGGUAUGACUGUUUCCGGACUAAAGCAAUCAGUUAGCCCUAGGAAGUGCUGUGGUUGUCAUCCCCUCUGAUCCAGCUGUCAGUCUAUGACUCCAAUCUCCAAUACUCAAUUACCAGGGUCUUGUUUAUUCCACAAAAACGUUCUGAAACGGGAAGGUAUUACCUGAACACAUCUUUUCAUUGUCUGUUGCUAUAUUUUUCCUACUGUGUGCCUUAUGGAACAUUGAACAUAACCCUGCUCAACUGUAUAACAGCCUACUGCCGUUGUCACAUCACACAAAACUGGAUACAGAACAAAAACAUUGUCUGACACACACGCGCACAUACACGCACACACACAAGGCCAGUGUGUUGGAGUGGAGAACAUCAUGUGAGUGUUGUGCUACUAUGAAUUACCAUACGUCAGAAGGAGCUCAUGCAACACACACACACCCCUCUGCCCUGCACACUAACAUUCACAAACACACACCCCUCUGUCCUGCACACUAACCUUCACACACACACACACACAACCUCUGUCCUGCCUACAUAAGAGGGUGGCCUUACUACACUGAACUGAAACUCACCCUAAAACAUGUGCUUUUUUUAUGUGUGUGUGUGUGUGUGUGUGUGUGUGUGUGUGUUUACGUAAGCGGGUGUGUCAGCCCCACAGAGGAAAACUGGUUUCUACAUCCGACCUCCCUCUAACUUUGUGUUGCACAACAAACACACACAUUGUGUUUACUGCACAUGUCAAUGAUACUAGCCGACUCGUGAACAAGGAAGUAAGUGUUACUGUACUGCUUGUGCUGUACCCUGGUAAACUGCCUGCAUGCUUGGAAGCACAGGGCACAUGUCAACAUCAACAUGACAGCUAACAUACCCCACCUCCCCCCCAGAUAGAACAGAUGAGUUUGAAGGUGGAUGUGAUAUUGUGUUUUUAUGUAAACAGAAUUAUUAAGGCCUAGGUGCCAGGGGAAAAGGCCUAGAUGCCAGGGAAAAGGCCUAGAUGCCAGGGAAAAAGGCCUAGAUGCCAGGGGAAAAGGCCUAGAUGCCAGGGGAAAAGGCCUAGAUGCCAGGGGAAAAGGCCUAGAUGCCAGGGGAAAAGGUCUAGAUGCCAGGGGAAAGGCCUAGAUGCCAGGGGAAAAAGGCCUAGAUGCCAGGGGAAAAGGCCUAGAUGCCAGGGGAAAAGGUCUAGAUGCCAGGGGAAAAGGUCUAGAUGCCAGGGAAAGGCCUAGAUGCCAGGGGAAAAGGCCUAGAUGCCAGGGGAAAAGGCCUAGAUGCCAGGGGAAAAGGCCUAGGUGCCAGGGGAAAAGGCCUAGGUGCCAAGGGAAAAGGCCUAGAUGCCAGGGGAAAGGCCUAGAUGCCAGGGGAAAAGGCCUAGAUGCCAGGGAUAAAGUGAAGAGGCAUUGCACCACUAUUGUACUCCCUCCACUGCAAAUUAUGCUUUUCCAAAUAUGUGUAUGGAUUAAAUACAAAGUUUAUUGUU